AUGGUGUCUAACAGCAGUGUGGCUGUGGAGCUGCAGUCAGAGCUGGAGCGAAUCAUGGUCUCUGUUUUCACUGGUGUGCCGUGUGUUGUGCUGCUAACCAUUAAUGCCAUCAUUCUGUUCACCCUGAGGAGUAACCAAGCGUUUCGGGAGACGUCCCGCUAUGUUCUUCUGACUAACCUUCUUGUUGCAGACUCGCUCUACUUGUUGAUCAGUCAGGUUCUGUACAUCUUAGCUAACAGCAGAGUUGUCUUGUCAUAUCCUGUGUGUGGCACAUUAAUCCUCUAUGCCAUGCUGACAGAAAGCGUCUUUCCUCUCACGCUGGCUGUGAUGUCUAUAGAGAGAUAUGUGGCUGUGUGUUUUCCUCUCAGACACUCCUCCAUCGUCACCAUGAGAUCCACAGCAGCAGCCAUCGCUCUAGUGUGGGCUUUCUCUUGUGUCAAUGUUCUGAUCCGUGUUGCGCUGAUGUGUCAGUUUCCAUUUGAAGAACUGGACAGUCUGGACAUGAAUGCAAUAUGUGACAUAUUUGUCGUUGUCUUGACUCCAGUGGCUGCUGAAUAUGAUCAAGUCUACAAUAUUUUUGUGUUAUCUUCUGCAGGUAUAAUAAUAAUUUUCAGUUUUAUUGCAGUGGUGAUCACAGCCAGGACAGCAUCAUCUGACAGAAAUUCUGCCCGGAAGGCUCAGAGAACUCUACUGCUGCACAUGAUCCAGCUGGUGCUCGGUCUGUCCCCCAGAAUAUCCCUUCCUGUGUCCGUAGUUCUUUUUCAAGUGAUGAGCUGGAUCAAUUACGUACGUCUCAUGAAUGUCACAUAUGUGUUGAUUAUGCUUCUACCCAGAGGUUUGAGUCCUCUCAUCUAUGGCCUCAGGGAUCAGGCCAUCAGACCCAUCCUCCUGUCGAAUCUCUGCUGUGGACUCACACUGAGUGUAAAGAAUCAGAUCUCACCAUAG